GUUGUGAAAGAGUAAACAGACAGUGCCACUGACAAAUACCAGAAGCUGUGCCAUUGGUUAAGUAUUAUAAGCAGUUCCGUGGCUAAAAGUGGGCACAGGGUUGGUUGCAGGGAUUUUGGUUAUAAAUAGCCUGUGGAAGGAAAAAAAAAACGAAAAAAGAGAACAGAAACAAAAACAAAAAAAAACCAGAAUCAGCUCAGCAAGAGGAGUAACAAGCAAUGGAUUCCAAACUGCAGCGUGUGAAACUAAGUGACGGCCACUUCAUUCAUGCCCUGGGAUAUGGCACCUAUAAGCCUCAGGAGGUUCCUAACAGUGAAACUCUGGAAGCUACCAAAUUGGCCAUAGAUGCUGGAUUUCGCCAUAUUGAUACUGCGUAUGUUUACCAAGUAGAAGAGGAGGUGGGACAGGCCAUUAAGAGCAAGAUUGCAGAAGGCCGUGUGAGGAGAGAAGACAUAUUCCUCACUUCAAAGCUUUGGUGCACUUUCCAUAGACCAGAACUCGUCCAACAUGGCUUGAAAACUUCACUGAAAAAACUUGGUUUGGAUUAUGUUGACCUUUAUAUCAUUCAUUCCCCAGUGUCUAUGAAGCCAGGUGAAGAGCUUUUUCCAACAGAUGAACAGGGGAAAACAUUAUUUGACACAGGGGAUAUCUGUGCAACAUGGGAGGCCAUGGAGAAGUGUAAGGAUGCAGGACUGGCCAAGUCCAUUGGGGUGUCCAACUUCAACCGCAGGCAGCUGGAGAAGAUCCUGAACAAGCCAGGCCUCAAGUACAAGCCUGUCUGCAACCAGGAUUUGAGAAUGUCUGCCUUCCUUUUCAGGGUGAACCAGAGCUCCCCAGUUCUGUUGGAAGAUCCAGUCCUUUGUGCUAUUGCAAAAAAGCACAAGCGAUCUCCAGCCCUGACUGCCCUUCGAUACCAGGUGCAGCGUGGGGUUGUGCCUCUGGCCCAGAGCUUCAAAGAGAAAGAGAUAAAAGAGAACCUUCAGGUCUUCGAAUUCCAGUUGACUGCUGAAGAUAUGAAUGUCAUAGAUGGCCUGCACAGAAACUUGCGAUAUCUUCCUGCUGAGUUCUCUCAGGACCACCCUGAGUAUCCAUACACUGAUGAAUAUUAAUACAGAGCACAUUGUCCUUACUGCUGCUAGAAAUUUCUUUCUGUGGAAAAUGAUUCAGAAGACAUCUCAGGCACUGCUGUUCCAACACAUCCUUCUUGUCCAGCCAUGCUGAUUAGGAACUCUCACAACUUGAUUUGAGUCGACAUAUCCAGAAAAGAAAGGACCUAAAAAACAUCAGAUUUUUGAAAAAAAAAUUCAUUUUUCUAAAGGUU